GACCUCUCAUCAUCCCUUUAAUCUCUUUAAAAGCCCAUUAAAACGACCAAAUUACCCUUCUCAACUACCUUAACCAACCUGCCUAACACCAUUCCCUUCUCCAUUUUCCUUUUCUCAUAAAACCUGCAAGCCAUACCCGCUUUUGCAGCUCUUCCUUCAAUCCCAAAAGCCAAAAGCCAAAAGCCAAAAACCGAAAGCCGAAAGCCUUCGGUUUGUGCAAUCAACCCCUCAAAACCCAUAAACCCAAAUAAUUGAAAAACAAUAAUAAAGCUUUCUUCUUCUUCUUCUUCUUCUUCUUUGCACCAUUUCCCAUUUCUUAUUGCUUCUUGUUUGUGCGUUCUCUCAAAUCUUUCCACCCAAAACCUCAAUCUCCCACCCUCAAUGUGGCGGCAGUGGGGUAAAUCAACGGUCAAGAUUCGCGAAACCACUCCCUCUCCUUCCCCUUCUUUCUCCUUUUCCAGCUUCAAAGAUAUCCAACACAUCUGUACAGACGAUCCCUCUCCACCCACCAAAGCGUCCUCCGUUUUCCACCGCGUUCGCCUCGCCAAUUCAAUCGUCCGCUCCUGGACACCACCGUCACGCUCAAUCUCGCACUCCCAACCUGACCUACAGCCGCCGCAACUCAUCUCUGAAACAGAAGCCAAUGUCUCACCUGUUAUUACAACGGCACCGUUGGAAUGCCAAGAGCCACUGCAGCUGCAGCCGCCGCCGCCACCGCCUCCGCCGCCGCUCAUCUCAAUCCCUGGUGCCGAGAAACAGAUUGUCGUUUACUUCACAAGUCUCCGCGUUGUGCGGUCGACAUUUGAGGAUUGCCGGUCAGUCAAAUCUAUUCUUCAAGGAUUCCACGUUUCCAUCGACGAACGAGAUCUCUCCAUGGACGCUCGUUUCGUAAAGGAGCUGCAACAGAUCUUUGGCGGCAGUCAAACCAAGUUAAGUUUGCCGAGGGUUUUUAUCGGAGGGAGGUACAUAGGCGGUGCUGAUGAGAUUAGAGAGUUACACGAGGCAGGCGAGCUCAAGAAGUUUGUCCAAGGCUUGCCCGCGGCGGAACCUGGUGUCUGCGCUUCAUGCGGCGGUUAUAGAUUCAUUUUGUGCCACGAAUGUAACGGUAGCCACAAAUUGUACAUAGAGAAAUCUGGGUUUAAGAGCUGCAUUGCUUGCAAUGAGAACGGUCUGAUCAGGUGCCCUUCUUGUUCCUGUGCGCCUUUCUGAUCCCACUCAUUAUUUGACUUUUUCUCAUCAAAGAAAAGAAGAGUUGUUUUUUCUUUCUUUUUUUUUUUUUUCCUUUUUUGCAAAUAUUUUGGGGCUAAUUUUAGUUCUGUAGUCCUGUUUGUUUAGUAUUUUCUGGUUUAAUUAAUGUGUAGGCCCCAUUUCGAUUGAUGGCUUUGAGAUGGUAUCACCUGACUUUUUUAGCAAAAACAUUGUAUAUUACCCUUUAAGAACUAGUUAAACAAGCAUAUAAACGUAUUAGGAAGCUAAAUGCUGCUUCUAUUAUUAGCAAUCUUUAAAGAUUUGUGUUA